AGCAUGACAAUUCUUGGAAUGAUCUUAUUUUAAUGACUAUAGCUUAUAAUAAUGAACAGGGGGAACGUCGUCGCUGGUGGGGGAUUGCUCAGAAAUUAGAAAAUGGGAUGCAAAAACGUAUAGACACUUUAUUGCUUGAUAA